AUGCCAAAAGUAAAGAAAAGAAAAAAAGAUAGAAAAGACAAAGCUGUCGCCAGCUUGAAGCUGUUGUCAAAUCUCACAGGAUUUGGUGAUGAACCAGAUAGUUUGGAGAGCUGCCUAGAGGGUUGGGGUGUGAUGGCCCCAAGCCAACAACCUGUAGCGAAGAAAGCAAAUACUAUUGGAUGGAUUUCUUCAAUAGAGCGAGUUGAAUCCUGGAAUCAAUCUUUGUUGUUGUAUCUUAAAGGAGGCAAUUAUCAAAAUUCGUUGUUUGAAAAUCUGGAAUUAGAGCUGGCUCGCAGCUUCAUUGUCAGAGAGCUUUCGUCAUUCUUGUUGCGAGCAGGAGAGGAUCUUCGAAUGCCUGCGUUUGAAAGAUGGUUCAUCGAUUCAAGGUUGGAGCAGAAUAUGGAUGAAACAAUCCGAUCUUCAACAACAGAUCCGAUCAUUCCUAACCAAGUCAGUGUUAAGUUCGGAGCAUCACAGAGGCUCAUUCAAGAGCUUCGUGCGAACAUUAAAGAUGAGAAAAAAGCGGAAAGCAUAGUAUCAGAACUGUGCAGGCAAACCAAUGUCAAGUGCUCUCAACUUUUGGCACGCAGCGAGCUGUACCGUCGAGAAUCAUCACUCAAGAGAGGUGUCAUAACGGUUGAGAAGAACAGCCCAGAGGUAACCACGAUAUUGUAUGGAAAGAAGAAAUGGAAGAAGCCAUUUUGCUAUAGAGUAAAUACCGAGCACUACGAGAAGCUUCGGGAUAGAUUUUUUGCCGUGCACAACACGGCCACAACAAAACUGGACAACCAAGAUGAACGGCUGAUGAGAGUAUUUAACGUUAUUGUCAUUUCUUUAUUGAUUCGGUACAACGCUUUAUCUGGCGGUUAUCUUAACGAUGAUCUCCGGGGAGGCGGAAUGCAAGGUGCUAUCCACUCUGAGGUGUUUUCCGUUCUGCAAAAGCACUUUACAGGCUCAUUUCUGAUGGAGGGCUUUGCAAGUCCAUUAAAUCAUUGUCUCCCUUCGUUUUGUUCCGCUUUCCCUGAAAUUGAAUGGCAUUUUGGAUCGAUGGGUAGCUUUAUGGAGUCUCGGUUUACACAUGAUACUUGCUGUGAACUGAACCCACCUUUUUCACCGGGGUUAAUGAUGCAGAUGUCUAUCAAGAUUCUAGGGGAAUUGAGGGUGGCAAAGAAAGAGAGAAGGAAAUUGACGUUUGUUGUUGUCGUUCCAACAUCAAAUGGUGAUACGACUGUCGGUAUAAAGCACUUUGCAAAUGAUUCUUUCCAGCAGAUGGUGACAAGUCCGUUCUGCAAAAAACAUAUUGUGCUGAAAUCAAGAACACACGGUUAUAUUGAGGGUGCUGCACAUCUCAGGCCAACACGCUACAAAGAGAGCAAUUACGACACAAGCGUUAUUUUUUUGCAAAGUCAAGAUUUGCCAUCAGUGAAUUACACUCAACUAGAGAGAGACAUAAGGGAAUCGUUUGCAAGUCGGCACAACCAAGAGACACAAAUACGGAGAAGCUUGAACUGA